UCCCGCUGUUUUGCUCUAAUUCUGCAACGCGCACACACUACCAGAGUAACCUCAUUGUUAGCUGUAUAACCUUAAAGUUGAUCUAAAUACGGGUAUCUGUAUUUGUGGCAGUACGAUCAAGGACGACGGGGGUCACGUUGCGCUACAUUGUACUGCGGAUGGAACUGGCGUAGCCCACGUCAACACCAUAUAUUCCUGUAGACAUCGGUCUGGUAUAUAAUACUAAUGCGCAGGAAUGCCAGUACUCGUGCCACAUGCUGACGACCCGUCCGCGGCUGACCCGCCGUGCACCUGCCCGGCGGAGGGACACGCCCCUCACUGCCGCGCUUCGGCGGCGGGGCCCGCCGUCCCUCCCCCUGCCGAUUACCGGCCGCCCCCUUACGGCCGGGCCGGUCGAGGCCGCAUGCCUCCGCUGUGCUCGCCGCGCAGCUGCCUCUUUAUCCUCCUCCUGGCCCUGUUGCUGGACCCCCUCCUGGGGCUCCUCCUCCCGGCUGACUUCAGCCAGUACCACCCCGAGGGCCAACCGCCGCUGCGCCCGCUGCCCGUCGCCCAGCCGCCCCACGGCGGAGCGGGAGGAGCCGGCUCCUUUUUCCGGCCGAUCGUGCCCUAUGGCCGGCAGCCCGACCACCAGACUAUCGGCUGGAAGAACCAGGUGGCUCUCCGCAACAUCUUCUCCGUGCCCAAACACAUCCCCGACCAGCCACAGGACAACUCGCUAUACGGCACCUCCGCGGCGGUGCCCAGUAACCGCAUCUUCCCCGGCCUAACCGCCAGCCCCGGGCGGGAACUGCGCAAGCGGUCGCUGUCACCGCGCGACCUGAAGCCGGGUGACCCGGCGCCGCCCUUCUCGCUGGUGACCAUCCAGGGCAGCGUCCGCUUCCCGCAGAAGCCCCUCAACAACGCCCCCAUCCUCAUCCACACCUUCGACAAACGCUCCGGCUUCCUGGAGGCCCUCUGGAACACGCCGCACUCCUUCGACGGCAUCAUCAAGGGUCCGGCGGACGCCCAGUACAUCUUCCUGUCGACGUCGGCGUCGGCGUACGCCGAGGCGCAGUGGAUGCGCAAGCAGCUGAUCAACCGCAUGCUGCAGCUGCAGUUGAGCGAGGCGGAGAUCGGGGAGCAGCUGCAGCGCAUGCACUUCGCCACGACGCCGGUGUACGAGCUGGGCAACUGGAUCCCCGACGUGCUGAAGGAGUGGCGCUGCGAGGACCACAACUGCGGCUACUACCAGGCCGUCUUCCUUCCGGACAGCGCCGCCGUCCCGCUAACCCACAGCACGCUCGACUGCCUCAUGUACGACGAGAACUGCGCCGGCCGAAUGAACGGUCGGCUGCAGCCGGUGGUGCUGAAACGGCAGGACGCGCGCUACGACUGGCUGCCCAACAUGUUCGUCGGCUUCGGCUCGCGGGCCACGCCCAUCCUCUUCGCCGGCGCCGGCUGCGAGCGCAAUCCGAUGGUGCGCGGCAAGAUCGCCUUCCUCACCGACGGAGGAUGCUCUUACUUCAAAAAGGUGUGGAAUAUGCAGCAGAGCGGGAGUCUGGGCGUGAUGGUGGUGGCGGGGAGCGGCGAGCCGAUCCGCGACAUGAACUGCCAGGGCGGCGAGUGCAGCGCCGUGCUGUCCAUCCCGGCGACGAUGGUGCCGUACGACGAGCGCAUCAUGGCGCUGGCGCGGCAGGGCACGAGCAUCCUGGUGCGCUUCCAGACGACGCAGUCCGACAACUUCUACGUGGGCAUCGACCGGCGCGGCCGCUUGCAGGAGAUGGGCUGGUGCUUGUUUCCCAGCUUCAACUUCUUCGCCUGGCACAUCGAGGGCAUGAACUACCUCACCGACCUCCAUGACCAGCUGCAGGGCAUCCUCCCGCCGCCGCCCGUCGGACCGCCGGUCCCCGGGAAGCCGGUGCCGCCGCCCCGCGGAGAGCCCGAGGGGAAGGCCGGCGAUCUGCUGGUCAACGUCUUCAACCACACGCGCAUGCACGGCGAGGCCGGGGCCUUCGCGGCCGACGUGCAGAUGCCCUGGGACGGACACCGCGUGCCGUUCGCCAAGCUGACGCUGGACCUGGAGCUGCAGUGCCCGCUGAGCACGGACCGCAGCUGCGCCGAGUGGGACCACACCAUCCACUUGUUCGUCUGCUGCGACGACACGGCGCUCUGCGGCAUGGAGAUGGGCCGCUGGAUCACCGCCUACCGCCGUGGAGUGGGGCGCUGGCUAACGGACGCGACGCAUUUAAUGCCGCUGCUGACGGCGCAGUUCUGCAACUUCACCAUGAAGCACCCGCCCUGGACGGACGCCUGGUACCCGGUGCUGACGCUGCGCUUCUCCGACCCGCUCGACUGGAUACGCGCCAACCAACCCGGGGGAGCGGCGCCGAAGGGCGGCGGGCCGCCGGUGUACCCGGAGCACAUCGAGCCCAUGUUCGUGGGGUCGGAGCCGUUCGACCUGACGUACGAGAGCAAGUUCCACGACUUCCACUUCUUCCUGCCGCCGGACGUGCGCCGCGUCACGGCCUACUGCCUCAUCACCGGCCACGGCUCCGACAACAACAACUGCGCCGAGUUCUGCGUCACCACGCACAACCUCCUCGUCAACAACGCCAACCUCAACUCCCGCGUCUUCACCAACGCCGGCACGCCGCACGGCUGCGCGCACCGCGUCCGCCAGGGCACGGUGGCCAACCAGCACGGCACCUGGUUGUACGGCCGCAACGGCUGGUGUCCCGGCGAGAACGUGACGCCGUGGAUCGUGGACCUGACGGAGCAGCUGCGGCCUGGCCGCGAGAACGCCAUCCACUACGAGGGCCUGUACAACAACUCCAAGCCCAACCCCACCUCCAACCCCGGCAACAUCAUCAUCUCCUGCUACCUGUCCUUCUGGAAGGACUUCCACCCCCACCACACGCUGCCGCCGCCCGCCCAGCCCCAGCCCUACCACAAACUCAUCCUCCCCGGACUAUAAUUAUUAUCACUAUUUUUUAUAAAAUAUUUUUAUAAUUAUGUACGAUAACUGUAAUAACUAAUCUCACUGCAGUCGUUUACUAUAAUUAUUGAACGAACGGAUCAACAGUUGGUAGUUGUUGUUUUUGUUAAAUGAUCGAAGAGAGGAGCCGUAUCAGUGUGUUAGAGAACAAGUAAAAAACUAGAGCUGCGCUCGGCG